AUGGUUUGUCUCCACGGUGCAUCACUGAAAAGAAAUUCACAUUUGAUCCAAAUCAAAACUUUGAUGGUCAGAUAGUACACAGCUCUCACGGAUAUUUUGGAAAAGCACGUUUUUCAGCGAAAAAAAUCUACAACUACAGGCGACUUUCUUUCUGCAGGACCCCGACGACAGACUUUAGACAGGACUUCUUCAAAAAAGUGAGAAUUGAGCAAUUUUAUCAAGUUGUGUCGAACAUUUAUUUUGCUAACGUGACCAGAAGGUUACCGAUGUUAGCUUUAGCCUUGAGAUUUUGUCAUUUUAUUAAUUAGAUAAAAACCAAAGACUACAGAAGUAAACCCACAGCUGCUGUAAGCACAUGUUUUAACAAAAUGAAACUUUCUUGAAUGAUUUGCGGUCCAGUUUUUGUCAUAUGUAACCUGCAGUCAUUUUAGUAGCUAACAAUAUGUUGGUGUCAUACUGUCACAUUGAGACUACAACUAUUUAAUUAAAAAACACAUAACUUGCCAAAUACAGUGUGUUUAGAACAAUAAAAUGUAAUUUCAUACCAAUUGAACGCUAUUUCUGGUACAUUAAUAGUUAAAAUCUAUAUUUUCUUAGUACAAAAUUAACAAUUUUUUGGUUGCUGCCUUAACAUUUUGAGGUUUUGUUUUGAAUCCAAUCGAACCUACUGAUCAGUUCCAUAUUUCACAGCAGCCACAGCUGAACUAUUUUCAAGUGAGAAUUUCUUUCAAAACAAAGUCCAUUAAAGUACUUUUAUUUGACAGGACCGACAAAAGACCAGAGACCAGAUACGAGAUCCCAGGACAGGGCUUCCUCAGGGAAGAAAAGUGAGAAUUUUGGACUUUUUUAUUGCCCCAUUGUGUGAAGAAAAGUAGAGAUGAUGUGAACCAUUGAGCAGAUGAAAGCAAAUUGCUAACAUUUACCAGACUGUUUAAUUAUUAUAAUAAAUAAGUGAUAAAAAUAAUUGAAAUAAACCCCCCUUGAAAUGUUGGAUUAUCAAUAAAGCAUGGUAAAAAAGAUGUAAUAAAGACAAGCUUACACGUUAGGCUACAUAUUUUUAACUUUGUAGCCUGAUGAGUGCAUGCUCACUAUAAUUUUUUUGUAUUGAUUAUGUAGAAAAUUUGACACAUCAUUGAUCUUGAAAAAAUAAGAAUAUAACUACAUCAUUUGCAAGCUAGUUUUAGCUGUUUUAAAGACUCAUAAUAAGAUGUUAUUAUGUUUUUGGUUUUUGCCUGCAGAUGAAGCAACGCUUCACCUGGGCGUCGGCUCCCAUCCCGGUUCUAGGUCAGCCCGGCAGCCAGCGGCUCAUCCUCCGCAGGGUCCCGGCACGGACCUCGCGCAGCAGCAGCAGCAGCAGCAGCACCAGCAGCACCACACCUGCCAGUCCCCCUGGCAGUCACGUGAGGUCACACACACAGUUUUCCUCCCACAAUACCAAUGAGGCCUCAAAGGAGCAACGUCGUAAGACCCUUGCGGCCCUCAGUGAGGUGGUGAAAGCCCGUCCUCCUAAGAGAGCACCCACUGAGGCUCCUGAAGCAGGCCCAUCAAAGUGUAUUUCUACUAAACUGUGUUGUCAAGCUCUUCCAGGUUUCUCCCCAGAAGACGGUGUGGAAUCAAGGCCAGGUGUGAAGGUGUGCUCCCCCAGACCAGCUGUGGCCCCAUGUGCUGCUCCACAGCGAUGCCCUCCGAAAGCAACUGUGUCCGCCACUGCAGCCGCAGGACAGGGCCCUCCGAAAGGAGCUGGUUAGUAAUUUGAAACCCUGCUCAAACUUUCCCAGGAAAACCUAGUAAACAUUAUCCCAAAAAUGUAAACUCAUUGUUAGCAGGAUCACACUUUAUUACCCGAAGUGAUCUAACAUGCUCUACAUGGUGGUUAUCAUGUCUUCAUUGUCCAAACCAUUUCAGAAAAUGUGGAAGAAAAUGUCAUUAUGAGUGCAUGCAAUAUUUUCAUAUCAGUGUCAGUGUUUCAGAAAUUUGGAAUUAAAAUCUUUGUUUACGAAUCACACUGAUCAGCAUUUGGCAAUAAUGGCCAAAUCCUUGAAUACUCAAACUGUUCAGCGUCCAGCCUUCAGUGCACAAUAGAGUAAAUAUUGAGAAUAAGUAGAGACCAAAAUCAUGUCUACUUUACCUUUGAUCACUUUGAUUGAAGAGAGCCCAAGAAAGAGAAGAAGAAUCACCGGCACUGAUGAAGACCACCUCGAGAACCCUGAGGUCUCAUCAGCAGAGCCCAGCUAUUCUGCCACAAGAGGUAAGAUGGCAAAGAAAUGACAUUUUUACAUAUAGGCCUCAUGAAAUUAAAUUUUGAGUAUGUUUGAUCUUUGGAGUAUAAUUUUUUUAGGAGUAAGUAAGACUAUUUUUAAAAAACAUUUUUUUUUUGUGUUUCUUGUUUUUGUAGCGGCCCUCCAUGAAAAAUAUACAGAGAGGGACCGGCUUGGAGAAGGAGGAUACGGGGCAGUCUAUGCUGGAUAUAGAAAUAAGGACAUGCUACCAGUAAGAUUAAAUGUUUCAUACACUUAUGUAGCAGUGCAUACACACUUUUCACUUUGUACUUAGUGUGAGCUAACCAUGUUUCUUCCUGUGUUUCUUCUAGGUUGCCAUCAAACAUAUUCCUCAGUCGGGCGUUGAGCGCAUAUCGGUAAGUAUAGGACUGUGUCCACUAACAGCUGUUAAUUUUUAUAAGAUGACAGCCCACAAUACCUUAGUUUCCUUCGUUGACCUUUUCACAACGUUACAUUGUUUAAAAAAAUAUCCUCUGUCACUUCAGUUCCAUGACAAGUGACCGAUUUUAGUCUGUGAGAAAAUGCUCCAUAUGUUCUUAUGCUAUUUUAUAUUUUAAGAUCAAAGAGGAAAACAUCGACUCUGUCCCCCUGGAGGUGGUGAUGAUGCAGAAAGUGCAGUCAGGCACCCCAGGAACCAGUGCAGCCGUGGCCCUGCUUGACUGGUAUGAUCUCGAAGAGGAGCUGAUACUCGUCCUAGAGAGACCAGUGCCCUGCGUGGAUCUGUUUGACUAUAUGUUUCAAACAGAAUCCCCCAUGCCAGAGAGGGAGGCAAAAGUAAGUACUUGAUUAAAUGAGUUUUGCAGUGUUUUCUUUUUGCACUGUCUGUCUGCACUGUGAUACUCAAUCUGCAUGUAUCUCUCUUUCCACCUCAGAUCCUGACAAAACAGCUGAUUGAUGCCCUCAUAGAGAUCCACUCAAAAGGAGUUUUCCACAAUGACAUCAAGGUGGACAACAUCCUGAUUGAGUGUGGCUCUGCAGUCCCCCGUGUGAGAGUCAUAGACUUUGGCUUCAGCACUUUUCUGACUGAGGGGACGUACCAUUCAAUGCAAGGUAGGCUGUCUCUCAAUGAACAUUGUUUUUUAAGGGCUUUCCACAAACAUCAGGUGGUCAGUCAAUGAGAAAAUGUAGGCCACUUACAGUGUUAGCAGUCUCUGUAUGAAUUGAGUUUGAGGUUUUAAAAUAGUAGAUAUAAGUAAGUUUUCAGUGGCCUGAUUUGCCAACAGCAAGUGUAUGUGGAAAGCCCUGGUCUCUUGAUGAAACCUACCAAACAAAUUUGCUGUGUCAGUCCACAACAAUUAUCCUUCAUCUCCUUUUGUGUGUGUUUUGUAGGAACCCCUGAUUAUAGCUCCCCUGAGUGGUUCGUCACCAACAGCUACAGAGCGGAACCAGCUACAGUAUGGCAGCUCGCUGUAGUGGUUUAUACUUUGCUUCAUGGAGCUUAUCCCUUUGAAAACACAGAAGAAAUCAUUUCCAAAGAGCUGCAUGUCAAAAAAAGACUUUCCAACGGUGAAUAAUCACACCCACAUAAAGUCAGAUUGAGCACAGUUAGAUCCAUAGUAAGUGUUUGUAUCCGACCAUUGACCAUUUCUGUUUUGUCUCUCUAGACUGCAAGGACUUUCUGCUCAAGAGUCUGUCCAAAAACCCAGAGACUAGACCAACCCUGGCAGUACUAAGGGACCACCCUUGGCUGGCUUGAUGUCAAGAUUG